GUAUAAUUCUCAAUUUCUCCCAGACCCAGUUACCCAAUGGCAACGCGCUUCUUCCACCGUCACCGACUUUCAAAGCCCAGCAACCUUCAGGUACCUACUCAGCGACCACGACGUCAAUCAGAUCUGCCUACGAACAUACUACUAUGGCCGGUCCAAUCUCUAUUUCCAGAAUCGAGCCGGCGGCCGGUCGACCCGGCAGCCUCGUCUCGAUAUCAGGCUCCAACUUCUCGGAUCGUUUAGAUGAAAACAAGGUGGAGAUCGGCGGUGUCCCGGCGCUUGUUGUGCGCGUGGCGAAGACAGAAUUACAGGUCCUAGUUGACGAGAUAUGUACCGGCGGCCCCAUAAUCGUCACGUCCCAUGGGUCGAUUGCGACGGCACCCUCCCGAUUCCAAAUUUCGAAAAUGCUCCCGGCUCCAGACAGUACUAACUUACUAAGCCCUCGGAGAGCGGGCCCCCAUCACCGUCCACGGCCCUCAGCAUGGUACCCCGACCGCCGGCAUAGAGGACCAUAAGGUGCGUCUUGGUUCUCUUUACGCAUGGUAAGGAUGAGCCUCCGGCCGAGCCGGAUGCCGAGCGGGAUGCUGAGAUCUCAAGUCUCGACCGUGUCAACCGCUACUGGAGUGAGGCCACCUAUGCCUUCGACCGGACUUCGGGCGCCACGACGUUUCAGUUCACGGUCGAAUCGUGAAUAAAGCUCCCGAAAGCCGGGAUUGCGUAUAUCUGGAGCAUAGAGGAU